UCUGUCGCCGCCAGGAAUGACCUGCACCUGCAUCCUUUGCAAAAGGAAAGUCAAGGCUUGCAAUAAGCCUAUACAGGUUCAUUGGACGCCGAGGAAUGCCGCGGAAAAUAUACAGCGACAACGCCACCAACUUCGUCGGCGCCGAUCGCAAGCUUCGCGAGCUGAGGGAUGCUUUCGAGGCCCAACAACCGGAAGUACAGAAAUACGCAACGGACGAAGGAUUCACCUUCGCCUUUAUACCACCCAGGGCACCGCACUUCGGCGGGUUAUGGGAGGCGGCAGUGAAGUCCGCCAAACACCUUCUCGUGCGCGCAAUCGGCAACGCGCUGCUCACCGCCGAAGAACUACAGACGCUGCUCGUCGAGGUCGAGGCCGUACUCAACUCGCGACCCCUGGUACCACUGAGUCAGGACCCGAACGAUGGAGAGGCCCUAACACCAGCGCACCUAUUAGUUGGGUGCCCCCUUCGAGCGCUGCCACCAGCCCAAGUAUCGAUGGACCCAAUGCGUUGCUGCGACAGAUGGCAACUUGUCUGUUGUCUCAAGCAACAGUUUUGGCGACUGUGGUCCAGGAACUACCUGUUGGGUCUUCAACAGAGGAACAAGUGGUUGCAUCCGAAACGCAACCUCGAGCUGAAUGA